UGUUUUUGGUUGUCAAACUCAAAUGUCAAUUGUCAUUAUUCGCCGCUUUGCUUUUUGAAAGCAAUUAUUUAAAACUGAAUUUAUUACAUUAUUGAAUACAGUACAUGAUUUUAAAGUUAAUUUAGAUAUCUCUUUAUUUACCUGAUACAAAUAUGAGUUCAAUCGGAACAGGUUAUGAUCUUUCGGCAUCGCAAUUCUCGCCUGACGGUCGCGUUUUCCAAGUGGAGUACGCCGCGAAAGCUGUUGAGAACUCGGGCACUGUCAUCGGACUGAGAGGAAAGGAUGGCGUUGUAUUUGCAGUGGAGAAACUUGUGACGUCAAAACUUUAUGAACCUGGUGCAAACAAGAGGAUUUUUCACGUUGAUGAGCAUGUCGGGAUGGCAGUUGCUGGGUUCAUACCAGAUGCGAGACAGGUAGUGGAAACAGCAAGAUCGGAAGCAUCAAACUACAGAUCUCAGUACGGGAUCCCAGUCCCCCUGAAAUACCUCAAUGAGCGUGUGUCCAUGUAUGUCCAUGCAUACACUCUGUACAGUGCUGUCCGUCCGUUUGGCAGCUCUGUGCUGAUGGGCUCCUGGUCUGAACAAGAUGGCCCUCAGAUGUACAUGCUUGAACCUAGUGGAGUUUCAUUUUCUUACUUUGGAUGUGCAGUUGGCAAGGCAAAACAAGCUGCGAAGACUGAAAUUGAAAAGUUGAAGCUGGCCGACAUGACAGUUAAGCAAUUAGUGAAAGAAGCUGCUAGAAUUAUUUACAUUGUCCAUGAUGAGCUGAAAGACAAACAAUUUGAGCUAGAACUAUCAUGGGUAUCGAAGGCCACGAAUGGACGGCACCAAGUUGUGCCGAAGGAGAUAGCUUCGGAGGCAGAGAACCUCGCAAAGCAGGCGUUAGCUGACAUUGAGGAUUCUGAUGAUGGUGAAAUGUAAACUUUUAUAAUUAGAUAAUAAAUUUUAUUACAAAUA